AAGCGCAUUAUGCGUCUCCUCAGCUCUCCUCGAAACAUCUCCAGGCAGUAGAUCUCUCGCUCGCUCGCGCGUGCAUGUGCUCGUCCCUCCGACUCCUCCAGCAGACGCGACCAUGGCUGAAGAGGACCGCGCGAUCAGACGAGUUUCAGACUCAAACACGGACAGCGCGAACUUCAGCGUGCUGAGCUGGGAGCAGGUCCAGCGGCUGGACCUCAUCCUGACCGAGAGCAUCCCGAUCCACGGCCGAGGAAACUUCCCGACGCUGCAGAUGAAGCCCCGGCGGAUCGUGACGGCGGUGCGGAGCCGCAUGCGGGAGCAGCGCAUCCAUGUGCGGGACGUGCGUCUCAACGGAUCCGCCGCCAGUCACGUCCUGCACGGGGACAGCGGGCUCGGCUAUAAGGACCUGGACCUCAUAUUCCGCGUGGACCUGAAGGGAGAGACGGAGUUCCAGAUCGUCAAGAACAUCGUGCUGGACUGUCUGCUGGACUUCUUACCUGAUGGGGUCAAUAAAGAGAAAAUCACCCCACUGACCCUGAAGGAAGCAUAUGUGCAGAAGAUGGUGAAAGUGUGCAAUGAUGCGGACCGCUGGAGUCUCAUCUCUCUCUCCAACAACCGGGGCAAAAACGUGGAGCUCAAGUUCGUGGACUCCUUGCGCCGGCAGUUCGAGUUUAGCGUCGAUUCUUUCCAGAUUAAGCUGGACUCUCUGCUGCUUUUCUACGAGUGCUCUGAGAACCCCAUGGCCGAAACGUUUCACCCCACCAUCAUCGGCGAGAGCGUGUACGGAGACUUCGCCACGGCGCUGGACCAUUUGCGCAACAAGGUGAUCUGCACGAGGAACCCAGAGGAGAUCCGAGGAGGCGGCCUCCUGAAAUACUGCCAUCUUCUGGUCAGGGGUUUCCGAGCCGCCUCCGAGUCGGAGAUGAAGUCUCUCCAGCGCUACAUGUGCUCCCGCUUCUUCAUCGACUUCUCGGACAUCAGCGAACAGCAGCGCAAGCUGGAGUCUUAUCUCCAGAACCACUUUGUGGGCUUGGAGGACCGCAAGUACGAUUAUCUGACGACGCUGCACGGGGUGGUGAACGAGAGCACGGUGUGUCUGAUGGGACACGAGCGGAGGCAGGCCCUUGGGCUGAUCGCCAUGCUAGCGGUGCGCGUGUUGGCCGAGCAGAACGUCAUACCCAACGUGGCCAACGUCACUUGCUAUUACCAGCCUGCUCCUUAUGUAGCAGAUGGUAACUUUAGCAAUUAUUACAUUGCCCAAGUCCAGCCAGUCUUUACCUGCCAUCAGCAAACCUACUCCACAUGGCUACCGUGCAACUGAACGCCAAUAAGAUGAGCUGAAUCAUUGCAUUGUUGAAUUUGUUUCACAAUUGACCCUGAGUGUGACUGUCCACUUCCCCAAUGUGCAACUCUGCUUGAGUGAAAUGAAUGGGGUUUGUCUGUUUUCUCAAAUGAGUUUGGAAGGCAACUUCUGCACUGCCUGGCCUAAUUCUCGACUGAUCGUGAGGUUUUACACUUACUUAUCAUUCUCAAGUGUGUUUCUGACUGGUUGACAUGUUGAAUCCCAGUCAUUAGAUGCAUGAGAAGGGAAGUGCAAGGUUUAGGAAAGCUGCAGUUGCACCCUUUAGUCCAAAUGGAAACCAGUGUAUCGCUAAGAACCUUUUACGAAGACUCCCUGAGUGAGGGGAAAAGUCAAAAUCUACAACCCUUACAGUUUGUACGAACCAAAGAUAUUUAGAUAGAUUUUUUUAUAUAUAUAUAUCCAGACUAUCAGCUGAUGUGAUAGUGCUGUCUAUAUUUGUACGUGAAUGCAUUCGAAGUGCCUAACGUCAAUGCAGUACACUGAGGUGAGCAAAGCAACCUCAAAAUCACGAAACACGACAAAGGGAAUUUAAAGCUUGUGAAUGUACAUGAUGUGUGCUGAUUUACAACCAAUGUAAGUGUCACGUCUGCUUGCAGUUCAGUCUCUGUCUAUUAAUUGAACACUUAAUUUAUUGUUUCUGAGCAGAAUCCACAGCUUUGAGAAGCCAUCUUUUAGUUAGGUUGACUUUUGCACAGGCUUUCCAGCAGACCACAUGAUCCAGGUGAGAGUUGAGGGCACAUGCGUGUCAGCAUACGGCCCACAAACUAAGAAAAGACCUGUUUUGCGGACAAGAACAAAGACUUUCUAGAGGAAAGGUAUUUGCAGAAACCUCUGAUGGUGGGACGCUGUUUGCUGUAACAUCCAAGCAGGGAAUUCAUCAGCUCCUGCCGAAGUAAAAGCCGCUGUGUUCCUGCGCUCCGCCGGCUGAACCUGACCCCGCGUUCACCCAAGUGUCAACAGAGUGUUAACCUGUUCUUGAUUAAUAGCCCUGCGGAAGGAAGCAGGAGGGCCCAUGGCAUAUAUGUUUAGCCUUGACAAAGAGACUUGAGAGGAGAGGGAAGAGGAAAGCGAGACGCAGACGAGAGCGAGGGAAAGAGGGAGGGCUGGAGAGAUGGGUGCAGCUGGUGAAGGGGUUUAUCUACUUCUACAAAUGUCUUUUAAUCAGUACAGCUUAUUUCAUUACUUGGGCAAUUUGGCUGAACAGACACAAGGUUUUUAUAGGACAGAGAAGCACAGAUCAGUUUGCUUUACUGGAAUGCAAACUUUGCAGAUGAGUUUCCAGUAUUGCUCAUAUCACAGCAUGCAACUGAAGGUGCACUCAGCUGUAGACAGUCGGGGAUUAUGAAGAUUAAAUAAGCAGAAAUAAGAUUGCAUUUGCAAAGCAUGAAUGAGAUUUUAAGGGGGUCAUAUCAUACUUUUUUUUACAUCAACUCAUAAUGUUUUAGUUUCAAAUUGAACUUUCAGCACCAUUUUUAGUCUCUCUCUGAUCUUUAGAUGUAAAGGACCUCUAAAGAGUUUGGGUUUGCUGUCAGGUCCAAUAAAAAUUUAACAGCCGAUUAUUUUAAUGACAUACUUUUUGUGAGUUUGAGGACUUCAUUGAUGUGUAAAUAAUGUUUCUUCUGUGUGCUUUCAGAAAGUCAUGGAUGUUUAGUUUAAAUGAAUGUUAUUUUUGGACUGGGAAGCAAGCCUGGAUUUCUAAAAGUUUACGUUUGUUUAUAUAGUGCAGGAAUUCCCAAACAUAUUUGUCAGCCAAACUCCUUUUACCUAAAAUAUUUACUUGAAGUAAAUUUCUGAGAUUUUAAGGUAAUAUUUUUAAAUGAUUACAAUAAUAAUAAUAAAACAUUUGCAUGUUCACGGUUCUCAGUUAUGCGUUUCGUUAAAUGCAGGUAAACAAACAAAUCUUUUUUUGAAGUGCUUUAUUUUUAUUUGAACAAAAAUAGAUGAAUGGCAUACAUUGCUAUAGCUUGUGAAUAAUAUUUAAAUACAGCAUUUCAGUCAUGUGACCUCGAUCAGGCAUUGUUUUCCAUAAAUCAAGCUUGCAUGACUGAAUAGUUAUAUUAAAAUAUGAUUAACAAGCUAUAACACUGUGUGAGAUUCAUAUUUGCUUAAUUGUAUUCCUAAAUUUCCAAAAUUUUAUGACUUACUAGUUAAUAAUUUAUUUUGAUUCAGCAAUUUAAUGAGUUAGUUUUUUUUUUAGCUUCUCACAAACACAAUUUUUGGAAAUCCUGAGAAAAUACAUCAAAAUGUGUUAUCUAAAAAAAUAAAGCAGAAGGUGACUCUUCAUAAUAUGACCCCUUUAAAAACAUCAGUGGAUACAAUUCUAAUAAAUUCAUUACUGCUAUAAAACAUGGUUGUUGAAGUGAUUGACAUCAAGCAGAAUUUGCAGUAACGUUAGUUUUUAACGAUUCUGUACUGAUCAUGAUGUUCUCACAGGUCUCCUUUCUUUCAGUAUUUUAUAUGUCUGUGGUUCUCACUCACACUCUAGUUUGUCUUAACAUUUUGACGGUAUCCUGUGGAUUUUUUGGCAGCGUGAUGUGACUCGCUCUGUGAAGUCUGAGCUCCUAUCUUGGUAUUUUUCGAAUGAUGCCAAACACUUAAUGUUCAAAUAUCUUGUAAAAACAUAUUUUUAGGACAAACACACAUUAUGCUUGCUUUUCUUAUUGUAUUAGUGAAUUUAAUUGUCAUUCAGCAUUCUCGUUCGUUGUUCAAGCUGCUACAUGUCGUUAUUUUUUUUUAGCUGCUGCUUUUGUGCAUAAAUUUGUGUUCAGUUGAACAAAGAAUUGACAUGUUGUCCUCAAUAAAAAAAAGGGAAAAUAAGAAAAAGAAAGAAAUGUA